AUGAAACAUUUCCAUAAAUACCACUUCACCGAAACAAAGGUUGAACUAAACGCCUCAAUAAUUACCACUUUCAGUGCAAAUGUCAUGCAAUUUAUCAAAACAAUUAAUGAGUUAAAACUCGAUGUGUUUCUCAUCGAUCCGAUUAUAUUGUAUAAAAUGCUUGACCACCAGAACCGGCAGUUGUUGGCCAAUAGAGAUCUACUGCCGGACUCACUGUUUGAGGAUUUAAAUACACGCAAACAAUAUUGUCAAGCAUUUGGUAUUUUUACAUUCAACUUCAAGGGAGAUGUGAAAGAGUUAAGUCAAGUGUUAACUGAUUUAAAGUUUGAGUUUCACAUAAUUGAUGGUUUAGAUGGCAGUCAACUGUUUCACAAACGCCACGACUUUCUAUGGAUCGGUUCAAUACCUGCUCUUCAAGAGAAAAGUCAUCACAAAUUAAUGCCUAAAGACGUUCAUUACGGACAACACGAAUCUGCAUUUGAUUUUGGCACUCUAUUGGGUUGGUAUAGACAGUGCGGUGUUAUUCCCUACACCAGUGAUGUGGACACCGGGACGUGGGCUGCCUUUGCCUCCGACCAACUCAUCGAUGCCUUCAUUCAUAACGACGUGAACUUAAAACUAUCGUAUAUUUACGGCUUUAUUGAAAACGGUCUACAGUUUGCUUUAUUUACUGAACACGACUUCAGAUUAGACCUGUUUUUUACGUACAAAGAGGGGCCAAACCUCACAUAUACGGGACACGUAACUGCCGAUAACGCAUACUUUCGGUACAUUUACCCGUAUUUCACUCUAUGUUCAGCAGAAUUAGUUGGUGUAAAAGUACUCGUGCCCUGUAAUCCGGUUGAUGUUAUCAGCGCCGAAUAUGGAUUACAGUGGCAUUUACCACAAACUAACUGGUCAUGGUUGGAGUCGCCCUAUAAUAUGGGGCCUCGUCUUAAUUGGACAAAUAAAUUUCAACCAUCAUACAAAGUUCUCUUAUGGGAUAUUGCUAUCGAGUGGCGGAAAGACAUUCGCCGCCUCAUAGGACGGCUCCUCAAUAUUUCCCGGCGCUUGAAAAUUGCAGACAACGCUUAUCUGGUAGGCAUGACUCGGACACUUUGCGCACCCAAUAAUUGUCGAAUUGACCCAAACAAGUGCUGUGAAGUGCAUAGUUUCACCACGGUUGUUUGCACCAUGACCAGCGUAAUCGUAGUUCACUUCCUCUGA